AUGAAUGAAAUAAAUGACCAACAGAUGGAAAACGUAGAUAAAUUAAAACAAAAAACUUAUGAAGUUGAAUUUCGAUACACGCCGCCUUCAAAACAAUCAAGACGGAAAAAUACUUCUGAUGUGUUAACGAAUAAUGAGUUUUCCCCAGUUAAACAAACUGAACCAUUUAAAAAUAUUGCAGCUCUUAGAGAAGAAGGAGAAAAGCAACAACAAAAGUCUAAUCAUGUUUCACUUGGCACUGAAAAUGUUGAAAUUUUUUUACAACCAAACUUAAUGGAUACGUCAAAAAAAAGUGUAUAUACUGACGACUUCAACAAAGAAUAUCAUACAGAACAAAAGGAGGAAUCUGUUAUCAUACAAAAUGAAGGGAGGGAAAUUGAAGAGGGAAAAGACGAAAAUGAAGAAAAGAAAGUGGUAGAAGAAGGAGAAGAAGGAAAGGAAGUAGAAGAAGAAGGAGAAAGACAAAAGGAAUCCACAAAUAACCAAACAGAUGGCAAUAGUAAUAUCAGUACAAAACACAAUGAAGAACAAAAUGGAACAAGAACAAAGCAAACGCAGCAACAAGAACCGGUGACAGAAGAGCCACCAAAAAAAUUGCACUCAAAAAUUGAAAAGAAUGACGAUGGACAAAAAGAAAACUCUACUGAAGAAGAACAAGAAAUUCAAGAAAACUACAAUAACCAAACAAAAGAAGAUAUUCAAGAGGAGAAAAUAUACCACGAUCAUGAAACAAAAGAGGUGCAUCGAGAGCAAAAAAAUGAUGAAGAAGAAGAAGAAGAAGAAGAAGAAGAAGAAGAAGAAGAAGAAGGGGAAACUAGAUGUGUAUGUGGAGAAUUUGAUCCACCAGAUGAUUCAGGAUUAUACAUUCAGUGUGACAAUUGUUCUUGUUGGCAGCAUGGUGUUUGUGUUGGAUUCACUAAUGAAAGUGAAGUACCAGAGAAGUACUGGUGUGAAGUUUGCAAACCUGAAUUUCAUAGCCUAUUUAUUAACGCACGGGGGUUGACUCAAAGCCACUAUAGUUCAGAUACACCUUCCCCUGAUUCUGCUUCUUUUCAUCAAAGGAAAAAAAACAGGAACAACAAUUCUUCUGAAGAACUUUCUUCUUCUUCUAAAAGACUUACAGAAAAAGCUUCGACUAAAAUUUCUGUUUCCAAUGGGUCUCACGCAUCAAAUGAAUAUUCAAAAAAGCUCAAUGUAAGUUCUGAGGAAACAGAUACUGCAAGCGUGGAAGCAGAUACUAAACAGAGUAUCAAUGCUAAUGCUUCCAUCCCCACUAAUCUUGAUGCUGUUCAUGAGUCUGAAACCGAUGCUUAUAAUAAAAGAAAACUUGAACCUUUUGGUGAAACUAAAAAUGUUUCUAUGGAGGAUGAACAUGAAAAUGAUGAUACAGAUUCUCAACUUAAAAUGGAAGAUGAUUAUAGUGGCGCGAAGGGUUCUAGAAAAAGAAAGAAAAGGAAAACACAGACUUUUACCGGUAAUGAUUCAAAAAAGGCUACAUCUAUUAAAAGAAUAAAAUCUCCUCGUGUUAAAAACUCCGUUAGAACGAGAGCCACUUCAUAUGCAAGGGGAGAAAUACAAUAUCAAAUCAUGUUGGAACAAGCUAUUAGGGAAAGUAAAAAAGAGGUUGAUGAAAAUGGUGAGGAAACAUUGGAUGAAGAAGACGUUGUUGAUGAUGAGAGAGAAGACGAGGAGGAAGAGGAGGAAGAGCACGCCAAUCUUCAACAUUUGAAUGAAAACGACUGUUCUAAAGCUCCUCCAAGAUACACCAAAAAUUCUAAUGAUACUAGUAACAAAAAUAAACAACCUACUGUGGACGAAAGUGACACCAAAGAAUCUGAUGAUAAUGAUGCCUCAAAAUUUAUUAAGCCAAAAUUACGUGCAGGUAAACCUAUAGGCAGAAGGAAGAAAGGUGGUAGAAGUGUUAGAAGUAACACACCGACAAAAAAGGUAGCCUCUUCCCCCGCUUCCUCCAGUAAUAAUAAGCAGAAAGCCAAUAAUAUUGAACUUGGCACAGAUAAGCCUAUCAAACCUAGAAUACCCUCGCCAAGAGUAUCUUUAGCAGAAAUGAGAAGAAGAGCUAAUGCAAUUUUAGAAUUCAUAAGUAGAACACAGAUAGAGCUUGUAACAGAUAGGUCGCAAAAAGAUGACCUAUUGAAAUUCGUCGAGAGCUCUGCAUUCAUUGAAAGGGUAAAUGGUAUAUUCAGUAAUUAUGAUUCAGCUCUAUCAGAUAUGGAUUCAUUAACAAGCAAAUUGUUACAUUGGGAAGAAAAAUACUCGAAUUGA